CUACACAGAGGAACCCUGUGUCAAAACUCCAACAAAACAAAAACCUCCUCCACGCGGGCUCAGGAGAGCCAGAUCCCAGCCAGCCUCCACGGUGGGCCGACCUGCAGGCCAAGGGCGAGCCGAUCACGAAGGCUUUCAGCCAGGAGCGCACGAAGGGCGACCGCCCGGAGCAGACGGAGGGCGUGGCCUCUGGGGCCCGGCCCACACUUCCGCCUACCCGCAGGCUCGUCUGGCGCGCACCAUCGAGUCGCCGCUCCUAGAGUCGCUGCAAGCGGCUUCAGUCGCUGGCGUAUUUCCGCUGGAGAGUUGAAGUCAGGGCGGCGGGCGGCGGAAUUGAGGGCUGCAGCCGCCGGAGCUCAGGAGUUGUCCGGUGUCGAUCUUGCAUGCUGCUCCGCAACUCUCCGCUCCGCGCCACCGCGCUUGCGCCGAAGCCGACCCGACCCCGGGCACCGCCUGAGGCCUUCAGAUGCGCCCCCUUCUCGCUGCCGCUGCACCCCGGGAGACUCGACGCGAUCGCUAUUUCCAACCGGGCAACGCUGGUCCCGGGCGGGCUAACCGCGAGACCCCUCGGCAGGCAGUCCUGGAGCCAUCUGUGUGCCGGGUGCCGGUGACCUUCAGAGAUGUGGCUGUGUACUUCUGCAGGGAAGAGUGGGAGUGUCUCAGCCCUGGCCAGAGGACUCUCUACCGGGAUGUGAUGCUGGAGAACUUCAGGAAUUGCACUGAGCUGGGAUACUGUGGCCCAAGACCAGACCUUGUUUCUCACCUGGAAGAGUGGGAUGAGCCAUGGGUUGAAGAUUGGAACAGAUCUGAGUUUCUGGAAGCACAAAAAGGUAUCUGCCCAGGAGGCAGAAAGUCCAUAGAUCGUAAGAGACCCCGUGAUCUUCUUGCUUCGGCUCAUGAGAAGGUCCGUUCACGAUCAGGAGCCAAGAGAGGGGCUGCCUUGAGGAAGAGUGUCCUGACAUCCAGUAAGGUACACCUUCCCAGAGCUACCUCAGGGAGGAAAAUGGACAAACACGAAGCUUUCCAGAACCAGAUGUGUGGAAAAUCCCGCAGGAAGCAGCCAGGCCUCAAGGAGCAGUGCAAGAGCGGUGUAGAGGGGCAUCCAUUUAUCUGUGGCACGUGUGGGAAGGCACUGAGUUGCCAUAGCCGGCUAGCUGCUCAUCAGACAGUCCACACUGGAACUAGGUCGUUUGAGUGCUUUGAGUGUGGCCAGACAUUCCGCUGGGUUUCAAACCUUCUUCGGCACCAGAGAAAUCACACGAGUGAAAAGCCCUUCUGCUGUGAGGUAUGUGGACAGGCCUUCAGCUUGAAGGACCGCCUGGCCCAGCAUCGCAAAAUCCACACAGAACACCGGCCCUAUGUGUGCAGUGACUGUGGGAAGGCUUUCAAACAGAAAUCAAACCUCCUCCGGCACAAACUCGUUCACACGGGAGAGAGGCCUUUCUACUGUGACAGCUGUGGUAAGACCUUUCGUACUAAAGAGAAUCUCAACCACCACCAGCGGAUUCACAGCGGAGAGAAGCCUUACACCUGCGGAGAGUGUGGGAAGGCCUUCAGGUGGCCCAAGGGCUUCAGCAUCCACCAGAGGCUGCACCUGACAAAGAGGUUCUAUGAGUGUGAGCACUGUGGGAAGGGCUUCCGCCAUCUGGGCUUUUUCACAAGGCAUCAGAGAACCCACGGGCGGGGAGAGGUAUAGAGGCAUCUGUGGACAGCUGGACCUUUCCUGUUCUAGGCCCUGGGGAAGAACUACAGCAGGUGCUCUCAAGCCUAGAGGCCAUGUAGUCCUUGAAGCAACCGUUUGCAAAUCUCUGAGGAAGCUGUGCCAGGAUAUUGACACAGGGAAGGGGACUGAAGCAUGCUGGCAGAGCCGGUAAAAGCUGCUCCUCGGGUGCUCCUUGCCUCUCGGCUGUGUCACCUGAGGAAUUCGCCCCUGUCCCGAGUGUCACUUGUGUGCACUUUAACUCUUAUUCUCUCAUAGCCCUUCUACCAUGUCUCCUGUGUUUGGGGAGGUAGGUUUGGGCCUUGAGCUUACUCUUGGAGCUGGUAAGAUGGCCCAGUGGGUAAAGGCACUUGCUGCAAAGCCUGAUAAACCUGAGUUUGGUUCCCAGGGAUGCACAUGAUAAUGUGGAGAGAACCAAAGGCCAUAAGUUGCCCUCUGACUUCCUGCACAUGUGUGUGCAUAAGGACACACAAUAAAUACAUAAGUCAAUGAAAAAAAAA